CACAGGCUGAACAAGUGAGUGACCGAGUGACCUGUAGACCAAGAACAAUGGACUGUACAUAAAUACUCUAAUGAGUUAACAACAGCUUCAUCCAAGGCAGGUUCAUCUCUGACAGCAAGUCUGCACCGUAGAUAAGAUGACUAACAUAGGCCAGACUUUCCUUGUCUGCUACAUCCUCUUCAUGUCUCUAUACUACGGUACAGAUGCUGGUAGAAAACAAGUGUGUGGGUCAGCACUAGCUGAUCAUAUGCAAAUAGUCUGUCAAAUUAAUCGCAAUAAACGAGACGGUCUAGAAGACGAUUUUAACAAAUUGAUAUCGUCUUUACAAGAAGAAGACAACAUCGAAACUGAACUAGCCACGCAUAAAUCGAGCUAUAGCAAUUUGAUAGAUCUUUUGAAGAACAGGCGAGGAGGAGAGUCCAGAGAUAGUUCCUCAUGGACACAGCGCAGAUCACGUUCAACGGAUUUAGUUUCUGUCUGUUGUAGAUCCAGACGAGGCUGCACUUUAUCUACUAUGUUGAGUUACUGUCCGAAUGCAGUGAAUUUUAACAACGCAACACAAUUAAACGAACUAGGUCAACGUCUUGGGUUCACCACCAGCACUGUGCUCCCCCGCACCACUGCCCCUGUUUUCAUGACUACUCAAACAAGUGUACCGAGAGCAAGGAUCAUUUAUGGAGCCAACAGGAACAGAUCAGUAGAUUUAUUUAUUGUCUCUUUCGGUCAGCAGGCCACGAGACCCCCUUUGAAUAUUUCUUUUAUAAAAUAAUGUUGAGCAUGUUUUAUUGUUGAAAUAAAGUGUAUUGCAAAAUUUAAAUGUUAAUAAUUUCUUUUUUAGGCUCGACCUUUAAAGGGUCCAAAUCAAUACUUAGUACAUGCUAUACGAGACAAAUAUAUCUAGGCCUGAAAGAUCAAUACCGGUACUAGAUUUACACUAGGCUACAACCAGGGCUACAACUCUGACUUUGGUAUUAUUUAAUAAGAAGGGAAUUAUUUAAAAUUCAUAUUUUAAUCUAUCAUAUAGUUUAAAAUUAAGUGUCAAGAAAUGUAUAUUUUAGCAAGAGUUUUGGUUUUCAAACGCACUGGUAGGUAGCCGCUGUGGUUCCCUUGUUUGGUAAGCAAAACUGGUUAUGAGGGCAGGUUUAUACAUUUUUUUAGCACAACGAACAUGAUUGGGAAAUCAACAGUGCUUUUUAAAAAAAGGCAUUUUUUUAAAGAUAAGAAUGUCACUAGUGAACUCUAUCACUUAUGGUAGUGAUUGUUAAUGUAAACAACUAAGCGCACAGAACAAGUAACAGAAAGGCUUCAUGUGUGAUUCAGAAACUAGAAUCCUAGCAACAAAAUGUACAGUUAAAACGUGAUGGAUUAUGAUCCAAUACGGGUUAUGUAGAAUUCGUGAAAAUAACGCACUGGACAUAUUUUGCCUUCCUGAACAGUUUGAACAGACUGAUACAUCGAAUAUAAAGAACUACUAAUUAAAACGUUCAAUUAAAUGUUUUUUUUUUAAAUAAGCAAACUUUUUUUUUUAUUAUAUUACUUUCUAAGUAGAAUUAUGUUUACAUUCUUUUGACAAAGAAAAACUUUAUAAAGAAAUAGUUUGAAAAAAACU